UCUUGAUAAGAAAACCGGAACAGCAGCCAGGUACUGUGACCUUGCUGACAGGUUCUCCGGCAUGAUUUAAACCUGAGCUGUAGGAAUGUGUUGACUCAAGAGCAGAGAGAAAACGCUUUAACCUGUGACACAGGUUUACACAACAACAUCAUCACUCAUGAAGAGAACGCAGAAGCGGCAGAACCGGUUCUGACGACACGCGUGUGUUUUAGGUGGUUGGAAGCGUAACUUUUAAGAAGAGCUUAUUUAGUUUUUAUAGACUUUUAACUCAAUGCUUUCUGCAUGAGGUCAACUCUGCUCUGGAAACUUCUCAUAGUCUGUUCUGACUGGGUACUCUCCUACGGCUUUCUGUGGCAUCCCGGACCUCGAAAGUGUGCUAUCUAUGUCCUUUAAACGUUUUUAUGCACUAGUUUGCAUGGCAGGGCGCUGGAAUUGGAUUCGUGGAGGUAUAUGGAUGAUUGCGGUUGUCUGACUGGCGCAUACCGUUUGGAUCAGAGUGUUUGUGUGUAUUGGAAUGCAAAAGUGCUCUGUGGCUGAGGGGGACAGUAAAAGGGCUAAUGACUUGGGAAAAAGGAGUGAAUGAGACCCCCUGAAGAGUGUGAAAGCUAGCAUUGAGAGGCAAAUUCUCUCGUACAAUCCUUUGGCCUGGAAUCUCUGACAAAGCAUGAUGAGGAAGAGCCGUAGAAAGGGACUUUCUAGAUAAAUCCCAUCCCUCCCCCUUCUAACCGCUUUCUUUACCACGUUUAGCUAUUAUCUCAACACUGACACUUACGUACGAAUAAUACAGUUCAAGCCUACUCUUCUUUUGAUGCUCGGGACUAGGUUUUGGUUAGGAUACAUGUCAUUGCUGGUGAGCUCAGUGCUUAAAAUCUCUCAUUUGAGUUUCGGUGACUGCCUCAGUGUAAAGGUGCCAUUAUUAUGCUAACGAGCUCUGGACUGCCCCCGUGACGUCACGGCGAGGGUGUGAGAGCGCGCGGGCCGGGGCUGUGGACGAGUUCGGAGCGCGCGAGCGUGAACCUCAGCCGCUCACAGCGCGAGACCGAAGGGGAUGCUCCGCUUCCAUGCAGCGGCGGCGCGACACGACCGACUUUAACCCCGAGCACAUGCACAGACCUCCAGAGACAGGGAUGGCUGGGAAGCCGUUCCGAGCCACGUACAUCUGGACGAACAUCAUCAACAACCUUCAGACGCAGGUGGAGGUGAAGAGGAGACGCCACAAUCUGAAAAUCCACCACGACUGCUUUCUGGGCUCCGAGGCGGUGGACGUGGUUCUGGCUCACAUCAUCCAGAGCAAGUUCUGCGGAGACGCCGAGGUGCCUCGGUCCAAAGCGGUCCGCCUCUGCCAGGCCCUCAUGGAGGCCAGAGUCUUUGAGGCGGUGGACACUAAGGUGUUCGGGAAAGAAAAGAGGCAAGCCAGGUUUGAGGACAGCGGCUGCAGCCUGUACAGGUUUCUGAACAGACCGACCCCGAGCGCGUCCAGCUCAGAGACCAUCGAGAGUGGGUACGAUUCUCUCAGGAACGCAAACAGUCCACCCUACAAGAGGAAAGAAGAUUCGGUGUAUUCAAACAGCUCGCCGGUCAAAACGGACAAGUCCCUCGAGGAUGUGUUUGGAAAUCUGAACAUGAGCACGACCGUCUCGCCGCAGAUGAUGAAUCUGGGGUUGUCGCAAGAACUGAUGGAUGAAGUAUGGCAGCAGCAGACGGUGCUGAGGCUCCUCCAGCUGAUCGAGCUGCCGCUUCUGGAGAGUCUGCUGGAGGGCCAGGAGAGCCCUCGCCCGUCCCUUCACAGCAUGGACAGCGACCCAGACCUCCUCUACACCAGCAGCUACCUGGACCGCGAGAUCCUCAAGGCCUUCAGCGAAGCUCAAGCGGAUAGCUGGUUGUCAGCGGCCGUGGACUGUCUGGAGUUUCUUCCCGAUCAGUUGGUGGUGGAGGUGAGCCGAGGACUGGCCAAGUGUGCGGAGGAGACGUCUCAGUACAAGCAGCUCCUGUACGGAGCCCUGGUCCAGCACUACGGCCAGUCCGACUACCCCCCGCUGCUCAGCAACCACGUCUUUGACAUACACUCGGGUGUCUCCGAGCUGCUCGUGAAUGGGAAGCGGGAGCAGGCUCUGGAGUCUCUUCAGCUCUGUCUGAAGCUGCAGGAUUCACGCAGCAGAGAGGAGCUCCGCAGGUUACUGCGCUUCAUGGCCCUCGCCGCCGGCCCUCAGGAGAUCAAACUACACAAAGAGGUAGAGAACAGAAUGGCGGUGAAGAGGGCGUUCUCGAAUGCUAUUGUGUACGGGACCAAACUAGCCAAAGGAAAGGUUGAUCUUCUGGUUCUUUUCAUGAUGGACAACCACCAUGACCUCUUCAAGAUUCCCGUCACGUUGCACAAACUUGUAAGUGAUAAACUGGCCGGCAUCAUCAAAGGAUCAGACCCCGAUCUCAUGACAGGAACGACGUACUGUCAGCGUCUGAGCGGAAAAGAUUACCUGGAAACGGUGCAGAAAACGACCAGAGAAGAGUUGUGGACGUUACUCAAAACCAUUCACGAGAACUCCAAGCUCUCUCUGAAAGAGAAGCGCCGUCUGCUCGGACAGUUCUACAAAGGACACCCCGAAAUAUUCGUGCAAUAUUUUGGCAACAGAAUAUCCAAUGUUUAUAUUUAAAGAUACGCGGUUCAUUUUUUUAUAUGUAUGUAUAAUAUGUAAAAAGUAUUGUAAAUAUGUGUGUAUUUAUACCGCUGUUAUGUCAAAUGAGAUCUGUUGAUCGUUUUUCUAUUCUUCAUCAAAGAUAUGAUAUUAUAUUACCACGCGCUGCCCAGAAAACAACGUUCUUAGAACACGGUCCUACGUUAAAAUACUUCAGAAAAACUAAAUGUGUCUUUCGAAGAAUAAAACGGGUUACAAAAGUGA